CAUCCAGCGCACCUCCUGCAUCCCCCUGGCCCAGCCCCCUUCUCCUCUCCUCUCCCUCUCCCCGGGUGUGUGUGCCAGGAUCACCGCUCCAUCCAGCGGAGCUCUUGGCAGAGAAGCGCAGGGAAACAAUGCAAACCGAGACGAUGGAGCCGCGAAAGGACUAACGGCGCUACACGGGAAAGGGGGCACAGCCUCUCAGUGUUGAGCUGAAGAACAGAGAGACCAGUUGAGGACAAAAGAAGCAAAAGGUUGCGCAAGAGGUCUGUCUGGCCCCAUGUCUGCCCCUGCUCCAGCCAAUCGGAGGUCUGCGCUGGGCUCUCGCCGGUUUGACUACUGCAGGUUCAUAGAGCUAGACUACGUCCCUAUGGAGACAGGCUAUAUGGUCUCAAUGCGCCCGACUAAAGGCUAUGCAUCAACCAAGUCGCCAACUAAAGGAUAUACUUCCACCAAGCGGACACCAGCCGCGCCCAGUAAUAGAGAUCCCCAUGGCAACGCCUCCCUCAGCAGCAGCAGCAACUCAGGCUCUUGUAAAGGCAGCGACUGCAGCCCCACCAAAGGACGUCAUCAGAAGUACACAUCAUGUACAGACAACCAUGGCAUCCGGCCCCCUCCACCAGAGCAGUACCUCACACCCCUGCAACAGAAAGAGGUGUGUAUCCGACACCUGCGGGCCAGGCUAAAGGAAACCAUCAACACUCUACAAGACAGGGACACAGAGAUAGAUGAGCUGAGAGGCCAGCUUUACAGGAUGCAGGAGGACUGGGUUGAAGAGGAGUGCCACCGUGUGGAGGCUCAGCUGGCCCUGAAGGAGGCGCGCCAGGAGAUCCAACAGCUCAAACAGGCUGUGGACACUGUUCGUGCCAGGCUCAGUGAUGCUGGGGGGCUCAGCGGGGAUGUAGGGGUCCAGAAGUACUUUCAAGACAUCAACACUCAGAACCACAAGCUUGAGAACCUUUUGCUCAGCAUGGAGCUAGCCCAGGCUGGAUUAGCCAAGGAGGGGGAAGCCAUGUCAGGCUGUCGGACCCGUGUUGGAGGUUCCGCACCUGCAUCGGUAUCUGGGGAAAGUCCAGGGGGAAUGCCCAAACCAGCAGUAGGAGGGAGGGGCUCUUGCUCCUGUGACGGUUCCCCAGCCCGUUCUCUGACCCGGAGCUCCACCUACACUAAGCUCAGCGAUCAGGCGCUUGCAGACCGUAACGGCAAUGGCACAGACUUUCCUUGUCUGUCAGGUGAUGGUACCCAGGACAGCGGCUUUGUGUGCUGUGGGGAGAGCAGCGUCCCCAGCCGGGCUGACCUGCUGUUGGAGGCUGCCUUCCUCUCUGAGGAAACAGCAUCUUUACUCAACUCCUACGCACAGAUGCCGCACUCCUCCACCUAUGAGAAGCUGUGCACAGGCGAGCGGCUGGCGCCCUUGCGUUGCGGCCUGGGUGGGGUGGGCUGUAUGAGCCAUCCCUGCUUAUCCCACCACCAUCUCUACCUGCACCCAUUGCGUGAGACAGGUAUUCAGACAGAAAGCUGCCCCAUCCCUGCAACGGCAGGUUACCCCUCUGAUCUGGAUACCAUUGCGGAGCAACGCACUUUCCGCUCCCAGGCCUGCAGCCCCACCUCCACCUGGAUGUCUGAUGAAGGGGAGGAGGAGCUGGACUCCAUUACUACCACAACUUCAGUAACCACAGCGACGGUCAUGAGUACAGCCACAGAGCCGAUCCCAGUCACAAAAACGCCGCUGGUCCCUCCCUUACCCCGGUCUGCUACUGUGGCGUGUUCAAUGGAAACUCCUCAGUGUGGGGGGAAAGAGGGAGUGGAGGCAGAGGAAAAGCAAGAGAAAGAGAUGGGGGAGAAGGAAGCUGCUGCAACAGAGAAACAGGAGGAAACAACAGUGAUCAGACUGGGAGAAAAAGAGCAGCAGACACAAAUGGGCUCAGUGGGAGGGAAUGAGGUGGAAGUUCAGGUUACAGUGGAGGAGCCAGCACCAGGAAAACUCUGUGAUUUAGCAGAGACAUCAACAGGGAUGCAGGGUGAGCUGAAGUUUGGAGGAUGCUGUGGAGAAGCCAGACAGGGUGAGACAACACUGGAAAAACUGAGUAUGGAAAACAUGCAGCAAGAGGUUGGUCCAUCAGCAGCAUCAACCCAGGUAGAGACGAAAGAGCUGAGUCCAAGUCCCCCAGGAUUAUCACCAGAUGCAGAACAGCCUCAAACCUCCCAGCCGAGGAGAUCUACUUCUCAUGAGGAGAUAGCUGGUGUCACUGUAGUGGAGUUGCAUGAUGAGGACGAUGAUGAAGAUGAAACAAAAGAACAAGGCGCCACAGGGGGCGCCACAGCAGAGGAGGGAGAUUCAUCCGACCCUGGGACGAUUCAGAAAAGCUACUGGAGUCGUCACUUCCUAGUUGAUCUACUGGCAGUGGCCAUCCCUGUGGUGCCAACAGUGGCAUGGCUGUGCCGCGGUCCAGUCCGUGACAGACAGCCCAUGUAUCAUAUAGGGUCACUGCUGCGAGGUUGUUGCACUGUGGCGCUGCACUCACUGCGCAGGGGAGGAGGGUUAAGGCAUUACCCCGCGGGCGGGGGAGACCUGGGCGGAUCACAGAUAUAAGAGGAGAAUGAGUGCAGCACCUCUGUGGUCCUUAUCUACGACCUCUCCUGUAUGGGUCUGUGUCCUCAGCUUGUUGAAAGAUACCUGCAGUGUGAGGAGAGGAAGAGAAAAA